CUGUUUUACAGGGAGUAGUAAAUGAGUGAACAAGGAAGUGAUUGUGGGUACGGCAACGGAUUGCAUACUUUGGUGGCUUGAUCGAAGAGACUCAACCAUUUUCAAUCUUGUCCCCAGUUUCCAUGGAUGACUCUGCUUUUGGAAUUUGCCCCGAUGGGAUGAUGAUGGAACCCAGCUAGGUCUUAUCCGGUUCUUAUGGGUAUAAACAAGUGUAUAUAUUGGGCUACUGUGUUGGGAUCCAGAAAGCAGCUUGACGUGGAGUUGAUUUGGAUAGCUGGGGGAUUUGCUGCCUCUUUUGACACUAUAGUAACCAUAGACUCCGAAAAUGGUCAAUACUUGACUCUUUUGUUUUGGCAUUAACCUCUGAUCAGGUCACUGAAAAAUGAAAAAUGACAGUAAAAAAAAAAAAUGACAGUGACAGCAUGGACAGUAAUUCAUGUCCAGUCACAAAAACAGACUAAUAGGAAUAAAAUAGACCCCGUGUUGGUCCUGCCACUGUUCUUGUAGUUAAAUAUUGACAACCUGAAGUUUGUGGUUUAUCUCAACUUUCUCUUCAAACGGCAGAAUCCAGUGUUUAAUCCUCCAGGUCGUGACACAUGUCGUGGCACGUCAGUGUAGAAACACAGGUCAGAUCGUCUUGCUUGUGAUGAUUCAGUCGUUGAGGCAGAGGAAGCACACCGAGGACAAGUGAACAGCAGACACACACACACACACACCCGCCGCAGUCCUGCGUUGACUUUCAAAAUGGAGGCUGUCUCCUCCGUAGGUUUCUGUUUCCUUUUCGAAGGCACUCUAUCAGAGCGGAGCCGCUGAACCACGAAGCACGUUGGGAACCGAGGAGAAUUCGCCAGAAGCCGUGUGUCUAACCCGGGAAACGAUACAAAGUGACAACCAAAGCGGAUCUAUUCGAUCCUGCGUGGGUUUGACCGGGCUCUAUUCUGUAACUUCCUGGUUCUUUCGCAUUAAUAUGUCUGUCGAAACUGCGGCGAAAGCUCGAGUGACUCUGAGAGGUUCGGUGGACACAACAACACGCGCAGGACUUUUUAACACGUCUGUGGAAAUGUUUAAAAGAAGAGACAAGAAUUUCCAUCGAAUGGCAAAAGGAGAGCGACAGAUUUCCUAAAUCCAGCGAUGGAAAGUGGACAUGUCGGUGCUGCGCGUGUUUUAGUGCCCGUGCCAGACUCUUCGGACGUCUUUCAAAGCAGGAUUUUAGCUCCCCUUCAAAGUGCGUACUUGUAUAAGGAGUCGAAGCAGUCUUUCAAGUAUAAGUCCGCAGUGUUGAUCAAGAAUGAGCCACUGGAGGAGAAGUAUAAUGCGUUCCGAGCAAGGAAAAGUGAAGCAGGAUAUUCAGAAGAGGAUUUGAAGGAAACCUUUGGGUUCUUGCUGUUUGAUGACGUCAACCAGGCUCAUUUGUUCGGAGAAACUGGCCUUCUCACAGGAAAGAGUGCAUGCACAACUCUGGGAGAUCCCUCCAAAGGUGUUUACAUAUCAAUGUACUCUGACUGUUUGGAUCUGAAUCGCUGGUAUCAAGGGAAAUCCGGAUACGUGGCCAUCAUCAGGCUGACAAAGGGCAGAGUUAAGAGGGUUCCAGAGAACUACACCCAGAAUUUCACAGCACCCACAGUGGGGUUUGAUUGCCAUGAGUCAGGAGAGUUGGCCUCAGUAUCUUCCAAAACCAGCUCCUUUCUUGCUUUUGAGAGAACCCAGUAUUACUUAUAUGAGCUGUUGGAUGAGGAAAGCGGUGAAACAGCUCCAUCUCCCAGUGCUGCCGUUCCUUUUGCUAUUGUAUCAUUUUCAUAUACUGACACAAAAGCAAUACUUGUGAUACCACAGGCUACAAGUGAAAAGAAAAAACUGGUUCAUCAUUACAUGGCCUGGAGGGGUCAGCUUCAGAUAGGCACCCAGUCCUAUGAUGUUGGGUUGAGGUCCACCAAAGGGGCACUGAUUCCUACAAAACUGCCUCCAGUGGUCAAAGUUGAUAGAGCCAUUUCCAUGUUAGAUCUGAUGCAGCUGUUGCCAAAGGCUGCCUUUGAAACCUGCUUCUCUACUGAAGUCUUUCUUGGUGGCUUAUACUGCAGUCUGUAUGAGCUGGUUCCUUUUGAGGCGAAAGAUACAAACUCACUCUCUCCGCUUCAGCAGGAGAUCAAGGAGAAAGAUCUUGCUCUCACUGUACCACUGAAGGAUGGGGGUUUUCUUAUCCUGUUGCACCCAUCCCAUUUCCCCCCAAUCGAUGAAAAUGCUCUGAAUGCAUCUGAGGUCCUGCAAGGCAUGUUUAUUUUUCCCGGCUCACGGGUCAUAAAGAGAGGCACAUCUGGACAGAAAAAGGCAACCAUUUCAUCUGAAAUCCUUCAGGUUCUGCCAGUGCUAAGUUAUGCAGAGGGUUUAGUUGAGAAAACACCCCUCAACUCAACUGAAGAACUGUGUGACGUGUUGAGGCAGCACAUGCAGAGCUACGCAGAACUGAUAAGCCCUGUGUUGGACCUAAGUCCAUCAAGAGAAGUCAGCCUCUUUCCAGAUCAGUAUGAUGUGCUGGAUGACCACAGACACCUCUACUCAUCCCCUGAAUGGACUGACAAAGCACGACAAAGCUUCAGGUCAUACAUGAGAAAACCAGUCUCCUUUCAACUGCCGGUGUCCAUGGCUUCAGAAAUCCUGGCAGCUGAAGAGGUGGAGCAAGUGGAAGACCUCGAGGACAAUAUCUACUGUCUGUCAUUUCCUGAGGAGGCACCUACCAAUCCUAUUGGCACGGGCUCAGAAGACCAGUUGACAGACGAGAAGUCUCCUGUAAAUGCUGAGACAUCUGAGGAGAAUAGUCUUAUAAGCACUGGAGCACAAGUUGAUUCCAUAACUGGACCUCAGAAUGUUGUCCCAAAGGAUUUGCAAGCAGAAGAUGCAAUUGAACAGAAUUCCAAAUCUGAACUUACUGCACUGAGCAAAACUUUUGAUACGGGGGCAAAAACUCCCUUAUCCCCCCCGAAAUCAGAUGACAUGUCAGCAGAGCUGAUUGUCAGCAUUACAUCAGCAGAGCAAACUGUCACUGAUGAAAGUUUAAAUGUGAUCAGCUCUAUGACAGCAACAAAGCAUGAUGACUUUCAGAUUUCUGGCUUUUCCGCAGCCAAAUUACAAACAGAAGGAGUCAACUCUCUACAUAAGACGGUGAAAAUUAAAACUAUAGAUUGCCUAGAGGUCAUCGACAGCUCAGAAAAAAAACGAAGGAAAGUGCGUAAGGGGCAUUCCAAAGUCUGGCUAAGACUGAAAAGGAGGACUAAAGUUUGUGUUGAAACUGAAUCAUCAGGCGACUCACAGUUGAACAAUCUAUUUGAUAUUGGUCGGAGAAAAUUAAGUCGAAAAUGCAAUUUUGGAAAACUUUUAUCCAAAAACAAGAAGGUGAGAUUCGUUACUGAUGUUUCAGCUGUAGCAGAGGAGAAAAAACCUGACCCUGCACAGCAGAGCUCUGGGGGCGCCAUUUUAAUGGAUCUUGAACUUUGUCCCCAGAGAAGGAAAGCCUUGCGCUGGGAAUUGAAGCCUGUUAUCAGUGAAUGUGGAAGGAUCUUGGUUCCUCAUGGCGCAGUGGCUGUUCCUGAACAGAUUCAGUCUUUAAAGCAUAAGUUUCAAUGUACAAUAGAUGAACAGUGCGCUGAGAAAAUGUUGGUUGAUGCCUCUGUGAACGAUGACAAAAAAGUCGAAAUAGAGCAAGACUCUGUGCCAUUAACAGCAAUGGACAAAACGGAUGGCAUUAUAUCCACGGAUGGAAGGAAUCUUUUUGAUAACAUUGUGGCCGGUUUGACAAAUAAUGAAAAUAGCCCGUUAAAACAAUCAGACACUUGUUCAUGGCCUUUGCAUCCAGUGAGUACUGAGCAUUCCUCAAAUAAUGAUGGCACAGACACUCCUCCAACAGAAGUUAAAGAAAGUGGUCCUCUCCUCACAGGAAAGUGUGCAAAAAAGGGUGAAUUUGAUUUGAGUAAGCUGAAAUCAGUUCUGUUAAAGGCAAAGAGAAAAAACAAUGUCCUUGUGUCCAAGGAAACAACGACAGGUAUUGCCCACGCCGAGCCUCGUCUCAAGGAGGACAAAGAUGAUCCGGAGGCAUUGGAGGCCUUGACCAGUGUCCAGGACACUAAUGUGGAUGUCAAGGAAGUGAGAAACAUGCUAUCAGUGGACCCUCGUUUUGCAUAUGCCCUAGGCCUGACUCCGAAAGAGAACCCAGAUAAGGUACAAAAGAGUGAGGUUCAGGUCUCUCAAUUUAAGGAAGACUCAUCAGAGACACAAGAACAAGCCCUUUCAAACAAAAAAUCUCAAGUCCUACAAAGUCCGCCAUCAAUCUUCACAAGAAGGGGGAGGAUUAAGAUGCUCAAAAAGCAUCAAGGCAUCUCUGAAGACAAUAUCAAAAAGAACUGGUGGUUGCAUUUUCAAACCCCAAAUCGUUUACCCACUGACAAACUCAAACCCAAAGAGGGUUUUAAGGAUAAUUCUGUCAGGAAGACUGAUAUGGAACAAUUGAAUAAUGCUUGCUCAUCUACUGAAGCUUUGAACUUACUUGCUGACUUGGCUCUAAGUGCCAGUAUUGACAAGGUUCCACCACAACCGGCGCUUGAGGGAAAACCUGAGACAAGUUUCAAGAAGUGUGGCCUUAGAAAAGAUGUUCCCAGUGCUGGACAAGAAUCACUUCUUCAUUCUCUGCUUAGACAGCCUGCUGCUAAAUUCAUUCAGCCUCUUGAGACUUCCUCAUCAAGCCCCCCUGUGGAAGACAGGGAAUUGGUUGGUUUGAUAUCGAAAGAACAUGGUUACUCAUUGCCCUCGUCUUUCUCUCUGCUGUUGGGUUUGCCAGGUACAACCUUCCGGGUAACCCCCUUAAACGGUUCUACCAGAUUGCUGCACCAUCAACAACACUUGAGUAGAGAUCAUGCGGUUGGCCCCACUUUUGGUCAGGAAGACAGACAUGAACGCAACCACUACGGAACUUCAGAAUUCCAGAAAAAAUGUUUGGAACGCAGGGAAAAGUUCAGGCACUCGCGCACCAUCGUUAAUAAGGAUAAAUCUGUCAGUGUCACUAGACAAUGGAAGGAAAACUAUGAUUUCAGCAGAGACAGCAAGUUUGCAAGUGUCUCUAAGGGCAGAGCUGUCGUCCGAGCAUUGCAUGGGCCGUGGGACUCCUCAGUUCAAGACAUCAGUGAUGAGUUACGACUCAUCGUCCACAUGUGGAUAGGUCUGUUUUACAGCCGGUCAACAGCCAGAUUCUUUCAAGAUGAAUCGAACAUUACCAACCUUUGUUCAAAAGAGAACGAUUCUUUGGAAAUGUCCUGUGAAAUGGUAUCACCCCCAGCUCAGUCUGAGAACAGGGCAAAUUCCGUCGUUGCUUUCCCAAGUCCAACAGACUCUCAAGACCCUUCAACUUCAAAAGUUUUGGACCUCAGCAAAAAUGACAACUUUGUCUGUGACCAAGGAUCUGUGAUUUUGGACUUGUCACUGAGAAAUUCUCGUGCAGAUACUGUCACAUUAGAUCCACAAAUCAAUUGUGAAAAAUCUUCUGUGUCCAGUGAACUGAAAGAAGCAAGUGACAUAUUGAAUACGCUCAAGUCAUCGGUGGGACUACAGGAUGCCAGAAAGUUACAGUGUUACAAACCGAUGGUACACGUGACCGAGACUAUUAAGGAGGUGAAUGAUCUCAGAAGCAACUAUGGAAAUGAAGAAACUAGUAGUCCUUCACAAAAAGAUGACCGCCUGGUUUGCAUUGAUAAACCAUCUUUUGGAGAUGAUGGAACAUUCACUCACGGACGAGAAGAGAUCAAAAGUGUUUCAAUCUGCACAGAAAAUCUUCAAACCCCAUUAUUGAUCAGCUAUUUGUUACAUGAGCGCAACAAAGAGAAGACACAUGUCAACAGUAGUUUUCAAAACUCACAAACUACAGGGAUAGGUUUGGUUCGAAAACAAGUAACAAAUUCACCCAAAUCCAUGACUAAUGAGGAGGCAGAAUCCGACAAAGAAGAUGUGCUUUAUAUAGAUGAGGAUGAUGAAAUUCUACCUAUAGAUGGUGGAAAAUGGGAAGUGAAAAAGAACCGAUGCCAAGAAAAGGAUCUACAACCUUCCACAAAAGUGAUUCACAAAUGGGAUGACUCUUCAAAACAGCAAUUGGGUAUUGGUUGCAAUGGAUAUUGUCUUGAAAAAGAAAAUAAGUUAUCGAGGGAGGGACCUAAACCAAUAUCACCUGGCCAGACUGCAAAUGUUGCUGAAGAAGACAACUGUGGAAAAGAGGAUGAACUUGAUUGCGUAUCAAAGGACAGGGACUUGAGUGAUCAGUCGCUAACAAUGAAAUGCGACGGCCUUGAGUCAGUUCAGGAUUGUUUUACAGAUUGUAGUAGCCAAGCACCAUUUGAUGAGCAAGCUCCUCAAGCCUGCCAUGAUGCAAAGUUGAAAAAACCUUGGACAAAUGACAGUACUUUGACAGAUGAACAUGCUAUUGCAGAAGAAGCUCCUUGCACUCCACAUGAAAAUGAACCUCUUUGUGAUGAAUCUGCAGAUAAGGAAAACCCAGUAAAAUACACUUGUUUAGCAGAGGAGGCACCUUCUCAGAAGGCAGUGUUACUCGUAUUGGAUGAGAGCACUUGUUCUUUAAAUGGUUCCUCCGCAGCUGGGUUUAUCCCCCAGACAAAGGACUGUUUGGAGAUGAUAGGUAGUGAUGAUCCUGAUGAUCAGAAAACCAAAUCAGUCGUGUUGGAGAGAAAGGACAAUAACGCAUCUCAAGAAGAAUUAUUACAUCACCAGUCUCACUCACCUCCGCCUGAGGUUAUCAAAAAAGAUGAUGCUGAAGCGGCAUCGACUAAAGAAACAAAUCUCAAAAUGAGCAUAACGAAUGAGAACUUUGAAAAAGCUCACAGUGAGGUUGUAAUUCCAUUUAUUGCAUCAGAUGUAGUACAACAACAUAUCUCCCACCCACAAGGCAAGAUGGACGUUCAAGGCCAGAAAGGAAUAUCAUUGAACAGUGAAACUGCACAGCUAGACAAGCCCACAGCGGUAUCAAGUUCUUCUAUAAUGUACCGUAAAGAAGAGGAAGUGAAUGCUGGAAAAAUAUCACUUCUUGAUGUAAACGAAACCAACCAGCGAUUAGUCUUUGGCAGUGAGGCUGAUAACAGGUGCUCUACUCCAACUUUGGAUGAGGUGCCAUGCAUACCCUGUUCUCUACCUGGCGGCAGUACUGAAAAAACCUGCUUAAACAUUACUGCAAAAUGUCUUAGCAGAAGCUCAACACAUCUAAAUGUUGAGAAGCCUCUUGAGCAAAAACUCUGUUACCCAUCAAGAGUUCAUAGGGAUCCCAGCCCUCACUACGUUCAGCAUUCUGAUGAACAAAGAACUCUAAAUGUUCUGAAAUGUCUAGAAACGUUUCUAUCCAUUUCAAAACUUAGCAACAAAUCGAACCAGAUUGAAACAACUGAUGCAAGUCUUGAUCAAAAGCCUAUCCUCAGCAGCAAGCACCUCUCUACUUCUUCAGCUGAAAUUGUGAACAAGAAAUUAGGCAAUUUAGAGCCAGUGCUGGUGUCAACCUCUACCUCACAAGAAUCUUCAGGUCACCUUGUAUCAUCUUUCAAAAAUAAGCUUGAGGAAGUACUUGGUGCUCAAUUGCAGCAACAGAACAAAGAUUCUCCACUUCCUCAACACAGUUUUGAAAGAACAGAUAUAACAAAGGACACCUCUAUAGGGAAAGAUUGUCAUCCCUAUAUAUCUACUCCCUCUGCUCAGUGUUUGCAAACCAUUGAACCAAAUAUUGACCAAGACGGGCACAAGACAACAUCAGAGUCCAAUUUAAAUGAUGGAACUGGUUCAUACAAUCAGCGUCCUGUCAUGGCUGUGAAACCCUCUAAGAAUGAUGAAAAUCAGUCAGAUCAUAGCUCUAAAGAUGGACAAAUUGAGUACGCUCCCGCCUUUGCCCCACCCACCACCAUGCCCUUGGAGAAAACAGAAUGUUUCAUAGAAAAUUCUGGACUAAAUAAUGAAAAUCCAAAGUUCAGUGAGUUUCCUACCAAAAGUUAUCAACUGUCGAUUGUUAAUGACUGUAACUCAGAUGAAGCUACAUUUGCACAUUUAGAUCCUCCUGAUAAGUACCAAAGAGGGAGUACGAUUCUUUCAUCAGCUCUGUCCAAGCAGUCGCUUGACUUGUCAAAAAGUCAUCAACACCAAGGUUUCUUUACACAAAGUUCACCUGAGAAAGUUGGGGAAACAAUUAAAGAGAACCCUAAAACGGAUCAGAAAGAUGGCUCAGAAGCAUCAACUUUAAUUGGGGAUGACUACGACACCAACAUUACAGAAGAAAGUCUCAUCCCUGGACCGCAAACUUCUCUCAUGUGCACAGUUUUUAACACUGGUCGGAAAAGACCAUAUUCUUUUCUGGAGGAGAUUUCUCGAAGAUGCCUAGAGGAUGACCCCACACAGGUGUCAAUGGAACAGGAGUGUCUUAUCUUCUCUGACCAAAUGAAACACCUAUUGAAAAGGAGUAAGAGAGGACAGACAAGCGAACAGGAUACAGAUGACACCUUGACAUUGUCUUGUGCUAGUCCUUUGACUGUGCACUUUUCAAGCCUGGGGGAGCAGGAGGAUUCACUGGAUCUCUUGGACGCACCCUCACUCGCUGGACAAAAAAUCAAGGUUGACAUGUCUGACAGGAAAAACACAGAGGAUGAAAAGACUAUGCAUCCUCAAAACCUAUCCCAAAAAACAGAUAACCUCAAGGAACAUGUGGAUGUAUCUGUUGUCACUGCAAAAAGUGCUAGGCUUUAUGAGGCAAUGAUGGAUGGCAUUUGUGGUGCCCGAAAGGCCCCAUUGAGACCCGAGCACUUAGGGAACAGAGGUUACAAAAACAUUGAACCCAGUAACCCGUUCGACUUCUGUGAUCAAAUGAAGAGAGAGAUGGACGAGAGCUUUCGAAGUAAACUGAAUUCAGUUGUCAAGAAAUCCUGUAAAACAAAGUACAGAUUCUACAUAUUGGCAACGUCAAACGAUGCUGUCUUUGAGGAAACCAAGGCACAGUUGGAGUCAGUGGGCCAUACUUCCAUACAGCCAUCCCAGUUCUUCAUUGGUGAAGGUAGUUCUUCAUCUCUUCUUAUCAUCCUCAGGAAUGAAGACAUUGCAGAGCACAUUUGCAAGGUCCCACAUUUGCUGGAGUUAAAGAAGUCACCAAGCGUGCAGUUUGCUGGAAUAGAUGAACCAGAUGAUGUUGUGAAUCUCACCCACCAGGAGCUCUUCACACGGGGAGGUUUUCUAAUGUUUGACAAUGCAGCCCUGGAGUCCCUCAGUCUUUGCGACAUGAAAAAAUGCUCCGACAUCUUGCAAGAGCUGGGCAGAACAGGGAAGUGGAAAUGGAUGUUACACUACAGAGACAGUCGUCGGCUGAAAGAAAAUGCGAGGUUGAAUUCCGAGGCAAAAGAAAAGAAGUGCUUCUUAAACUCUUGCCAGGAGAGUGGGAUAUUGGAGUUCUUGCCUUACCACAAGUGUGACCACACAUCAAGAGAUCAGCCUGACUAUCUCACAUGUUUGGUUCGCUUGCAGGUCCAGAAUAUAUCAGCCCGUUAUCCUUUAUUUAUAACUGACGCAACAACAGACGGUGCGUUUGGGAGAAACGGAGUUCUAACAAUGACCGUGAACUCUUUCCUGACAAAGUCUCCAAGUGAAACAUUGCUAUGAUGUUUUUUGACCUGAAAACGUCUGAUGGACUUCUCAUUUCAUCUUAAGUACACAACAAUGUUUAUUCACUGGAUGUGAGGAAAACUGGUACUAGGGAUUAAAAGUGAUUUCAGACAUACUGCACACACAUACAUGUACUUAUGUUCACCUUAGGGUGUUUGCAGCAAUACCUCUUGAUCUGUUUUAACAGGCUUCUCUGUUUGUUUAUUUGUUAAGUCAGUUAUCAUUCAGUUAAUGAAUUGAGUGACAAGGAUGCCAGUGUACUGGAAGGUGUACUGUACAUACUGUAUUCAUUUUGUAUUAUAUUUAUGUUGUAAAUUAUAAAGUUUCAAAGACGGACGUUUGAUUUCAGUAAAUAUCGUCUUCUAGCUUAUAACUCUGACUUUAUACAAUUGUAUCACAAUCUAUAUUCAUGUUUGUACGAAGAUAAUAUUUUUGUUGUCAAAAAGUUCACUACGAUUUUAUCAAACACUUUACAAUACUUUGUUUGGACCUGGCAGCAAAACAAAUUUGGCUGUUUGGCAGUCGUGUGUUACAUUCUUCGUAAGCUUCUACGACACUGAAGGUUACUGACAGUGAUUCUUAACUCCUGUUGGAGCAAAAAAUAACAGCAUUAUUAUUAUUAAAUGCAAAAAAUCUAGAAUGUUGUUAAAUUUUGUUCAGUGAAUAGUAGAAUUCUCAUACAUUAUUAUGCUUUGCAAAACGUGUUGAAUGAAGCAUCUGAUUGACAAACACAAUCAAUGAAAUGAUUUCAGAUCAACAAAGCUGUCUUUACUCAACUAGGUAAUGAAAUCAACAUUUAUAUUUAAUUUUUGUAAGGAAAUACCAGUUUUGCUCUGUCAGAGUAAAAUGCAUUAAAUGUUUGUUUUCUCUACAUUAUGUCAUUUCUUCUUUAAUGGAUUUAAUACAGUAAAAUAAACAUUGCAUUUAUUGGUUGAUUUAUUAAAAUUACUGUGGCUCUUUAAUUGUUGUGGGCAUGAGCCAAUAAAAAGGUUAUACACCAAUAGUGAAUACAACACAAGUACUGCAAUGCAGUGUUUAUCUGUUUGAGCGGCCUUCAGUUUCUUAUCUGUUGUGUAUGCUGCACUGUGGAAAUUAACCUUUUUUGCUCCCAUCUGUGUUUGACAGAAAUAAAAAAAUACUUAAACAUG